AUGGCAGUAAAUUGUGUACGGGUUGACCCACCAUUUGUUCAGUUCAACGAUGUGCGACUGGGGCAAGUCUAUAAGACUGCACUGACGGUGACAAAUGUCGGGAAAACUAUGACGAAAAUAGCGGUUGGCAAGCCAAAUUCAAAGAUGUUUAAGUUUACAUCCAGCAGCUCAGCUGUGGUAGUGGCCCCUGGUCUGGGUGUGAACGGUUUGUUGGAGUUUACUCCAGAAAGGGAGGAGGAGGUCAGAGGGAAACUUCAGAUUCACAUAGACGAUACGGACACAAUGGAAAUCCCACUACUGGCGUUUCCUAGGGCUUGCUCCCUCAUAAUGGAGUCUGUGGUUGACUUUGGUUGCGUUGCUGCCAAUAGCCAAGUGAUCAGCAAGUAUCAUCCUAUAACCAACCAGGGAUCAGCACCAGGAAUGUUCCAGGUGCAGUUCAGUGGAAACCCAGCAAUCAAACUCUCACCCAUCAAUGGAGUUAUAGCAGCAGGCGCCACCCAGUGGCUGAAAGCUGAACUGCGUACUGAUGCAUCAAGGUUGAUUGAUGAGAGGGCUAUGGUGAAACUCCAGAAUUGCUCCACCAUACUUUGCAUUAGGGCUCAUGUUGUGGCCCAGCCCCUUGAGAUAUUUGACCUGCAAGGUUCUCCACUGUCCAGUCUGUGGUUUGGACCUGUCUACUUUGGGACGUCCCGUGUAGAGAAUAUAGUCUUAAGAAACAAUUCACCCCAACCGUGUGACUGGGUCUGCGUGUUCCAGGAAGCUGCUGCGGGAACUGAGGUGGGGACAAACCUCCAGAACAGCACAGACGCCACCCUGGUGGACAGAAUAGAGAUGUGCAGCUCAGCCUCUGAACACGUCUCUCAGGUCUUGGUGUGUGUUCCUAAGCAGGGUCGACUUGGACCAUGUGAUAAAACCACGGUGGCUUUACGCUUCAGUCCUGUCUCCCACAGUGCACAUGAAGAGAAACCACAUGUUUACUCAACCAGACGACAGGACUACUGUCUUUUCCUGCUGUUUGAGUCAGUGGGAAGCAAACAUGGCUUCACUCACCAUACUGGUAACAGCAGUGUGGAGUUAGCAGUGACAGGCUCCGGGCUGCCGGUGUCUCUUGUACCAAGUCCUUCUCAUAGGUUUGAUUUCCACACCUGCAUGGCUGGUCAGCGUGUAGAUUUGUUAUGUGUGCUGCAAAACUUUUGCCCUCAGCUUCCAAUAAACUUCAGCUUCCGCAAGGUAGCACAUUUUAGCACAGAGCCCUCCACAGGCACCAUCGCACCUGGGCAGUGCCAGGAUGUAGUUUUGUCUUUCAAGGCAAGGCAACAAGGGACCUUCCAGGUGUGUCAAUGGAUAGAUAUCCUCGGUUAUGUCAUUCAGCAAAGAGGUGAUAACACCACAGAGGACUCUACAGUACUUCAGCUCCAGCGCUUUUACACUCUCACUUUAAACCUAUCAGCUGUCUGCUGCCACAAAACAACACAUCCUGUGCCAAAACUAAAUUCUGGCAUCACUCCAGCUGUGACAAAUCCAUCUGGGUUGUAUCCAUAUGUUCGAUCUAGUGAGCUUGCUCACUGUCGUGAGAUGGUGCGUACUGCUGUCCUUAGUGCUGACAAAACACGACUCCACAAACAUCACAAUGACCUCCUACAAAACACUGAAGAGGAGGAGUUCCUGGCAUUUCCUAAUGACCGAGCCAGCAGCAUUAGGCCUGCGUCCCCACACAGACACUACAGAACCAUCUUUACUGGAGUACAUCGCUAUCACUAUGUGGACACUGACUAUGCCUUUACUGUGGAAGAAGAGGUGCAGAGAAAGCAGCAUUGCCAAAUAUAUGCAGAUUAUAUCAAAAAGCUUAGAUCAACACGUCUACAGAAGUUAAAGGAGAGGCAGCAACCAAAAGUCGAGGAUGAUGUGGACAUUGGAAUUGUUCCUUUCCAAGGGCUUGUUCCUCCUAAGCUCUGCAUCAAGGAUAUGGAAACCAGCAACAUGUCACACACCAGCCCAGAAUCUAAAAAGAAACCUUAUAUAAAAAGAAAAGGAAUCUGUCUCCAAGAUGUGACAUCCACCAAACAGCAAAUUACUAGUCAGGUUGUACAUGUUGUAAAUGCAGUUCCGUCCACCAGCCAGGAGAUGGCAGAAUGCAACAGGACUCUGACAGCUCAGGAGCUCUACCAAGUUGAUAUAGGCCCAUUGUUGGUGGACUUUGGGGAGGUCUGUGUGCAGUCUGUGUGUGUUCAGACACUGGACAUGAUCAAUCAUCUGUCAGUGCAUGUCUGGGUGCAGCUGGAUGUGGACUGCCCAGAGCUUCAGGGCUCCUCCCCUGUCUCACAUGUUCUACCACCCCGAUCCCACACUACCUUACCUUUGACAUUCCAAAGCAAUAAGCUGGGAGAAUUUUAUAGACCUUUGUCCUACUCUGUGAACCAGAAGCACCCCGGUCAGAUCUUAGUCCAAGCUCAGGUUGUUCCUGUUGCUUUGGAGCUGUCCCCCUCACAGCUAGUGCUUCACCCAACCUCCUCUUUGCUCGCCCAGUCAGGAUACAGGAGCUCAGUAACCCUUCAAAACCAUCGCAAUCAUGCUGCUGAAUUCACCUGGCAACCGGUGGUCACGGAAAAUGGCAUCCUGUUCUCUGUUCGACCAGCUACAGGUACUGUUGAGGCGUACAAAGAAUUAGACUGUGAGGUUGUCUGGCAUGCCUCGUUCUCCUCUCCUCCAAAAGGAGACUUUGACCUCUGCGUCCUUGAGGGCAACACACAACAUCUUCACUGUAUCGCCAAGGUUGGAUGCACCAGUGUUCAGCUGGCAGAGAAUAGGGUGACAUUUGAAUCAGUGUCUCUCAAGAUGACCUCUGUUAGAACUGCUGUCCUACACAACACUGGACAGAACCAUGCUUACUACCAGGUGCUAGAUGUGUGCCCUCUGCCAGGCAUGGUGGUGAGUCCAUCUGAAGGUUUGGUGCCAGCCGGUGGGCAAGCUGUGCUCAACAUCCACUUCAACCCAGACUCUGUUAUCAGGUUUGACACCAGAAUUGAGAUAGCUCUGAGAAACAUGAAGUCCAUUGAGCUUAGAGUGGAUGGAUCAGUGGAGCCUCCAAACGUAGACCUCAACAUAUCUGAUUUCCAGCUCUUUGGGGUCUUUAUUGGUUCCCGGCGAAGUGCACCUUUUACUCUGACAAACCACUCUUCAGCUGCAGCCAGUGUUACUUUUGACUUGACAAAAUAUAGAGACUUUCUUGUCCAACUCCCAGACCAGUCGACAGCAGAACAGGAACCUGGUGUGAGUGUUGUGGAAAUCCGGGGCUCUCAGGAAGUCAAUUGCUCCCUUGUAUUCUCCCCCACCCAGGUGGCCAGUUAUGAUUUUGACCUGCCAGUGAUGGUCAACGGAGUGAGCUCCCACCCUUCUUCUCCAUCCUCUCUCCCCACUUCAUCUUCGUCUUUCACCUCCUGCUCCUCAACAGCAGGCAGCAAGAAAAUGACUGUCAAACUCGUCCCCCAGCCUGUCCCCAUGGCAACAAGUCCACGACGCAUACAGGCCACAGUACUUCACGCCCCAGUAGAAAUGUCCCCCUCUACUCUGAUUUUUUAUGUGAAACCUUUGGACACACAGGCUGAUGAUUACACCAAGACUGUUCACCUAAAAGCAGAGACUGAAGGGAAUGUGUGUUGGGGUGAUGAAGUUCAGCCAAAUGUAUGCUGGUGGGUUGACUGCAGCUCAACAGCAACUUUAAUAGCUGACAGAGAGGAGGAGAUAUGUAAAGUGUCUCCAUCAUCAGGGAGUCUGGGGCCUGGCCAGUCCAUCUGCUUGACGGUCAGCCUUAGGCCUGAGGCUACCAGAACAGUUCCUGGCACAGUGAUAAAACUGACCAUCCCUGUUUACUUGGGAGACCAGAGAGUGAAGGGACUUCACCCUUACAGAGAGCUGUCUGUCACUAUCCACCAUCGCCCCAUUAUAACAAUCCACCCUCCUCAAAUCCUCCUUACCCCAGUACCCCUAGGAAGCAACUCGAGUGCCACACUCACUCUACUGGCAUCAGGAUAUCCAAGUGGAACCCAGGUAUCAGCUGAAGUGUGUGAUGUGGAACUGGAGGAUGGGACAAAGAUACAGCCUGUUUCUAUUAUUUUUCCUCAAGGGAACUACGUUCCUGCUCAAGACAUGAAUCAGGUACGACCCCGUACUUUAGGUGUGAACAAGCCAGAUACCAGUGUGGCCUCUCUCAUCUGCAAUGUGUCCUUUAGCUGUGCCAUCCCUUUGACCAUCUGUACAGACAUCAUCUUCACUGACCACCUUCAAAACAGAUUUAAGGUCAAGAUAUGCGCUAUGGUUGACAACUGUGUGUUGACUGUCUGGCCCUACAUGGCCUCACACUGCUCUGACCAACAAAUAGUACUCAAGACUGGGGCCACAGCUGUCGAGGCAGUUCUUCAGCACUAUCACAUACCGAGUCCUACCUCUUGUCCAAAUUCAUCGUCUUCAACGUUUGACCACAACAGCUCAACAAACAAGACCUCAGGCACAGACUCCUUUCCAGACAGUGAUAGUGGUCAGGCCAGUGGGGAUGAGCAGUUCUCUUCAAUCAGAGACACCCCAACUAAUCAGGGCGUCCCAGAAUUCCCUUCCUCCAGCUCAGCAGAAGGCCUGUAUUACCAGAGUGUGUUACUGGCUGUGGAGAGAUGGUUUACUUUCUUUGGCUGGCCAAGUGGACCACACCCUGUCUCUGUACCGCACACAUUCAGAAGAGUUAUAUCAACAGUUCACACAAGCCAUCACAGUGGACGAGCAUAUCGAGUCACUCAGAAUAAAGACUCCAGGUCUGCAGUGGACAUGCUUAUUCAUUUGACUGGCAAGCAGAUUCCUGGUAUUCCUCACAUCCAGUCAUUUUCUAAGGACUUAAACCAGCGCACUAAUCAGCUCUUAAAACAUUAUGAGGCUAUGCUCACUUUUCUCAGUGCACAAGGAGCCUGUCUGUGUCACAUCAAACCAGAAUACUUACUGGACAAACAGGAGUUCAACCACUGGUGCUCCCUGCAGGUAAAAAAGCCGGAGUAUGGUGUUGACUACAGCAACAUCAACUAUGAAUCUCUGAGCAAACGGUCAUGGACAGAUGUAUUGCUACAAAUAUACAAGGUAUUUGUGUUGUGCCGUGUGUCAGUAGGAGGUCUAAAUGCACCUCUUGCACAGAAAGAUACAGAUGAAAUUAUCCCCGUUUGUUCACAACCCCUGGCCAGUAAUGUCUACUCUCCCUGGGAGCUCCAGUUACUUUCAUGGCUUAACAAACACUAUGAGAGUGUGAGGAAGACUGUCUGGGGUACAGGUUAUGCCCCAUCAGCUCGCUGGAUAGUAAAUUUUGACCUGGACUUGACAGAUGGACUGGUGCUGGCUGCUCUCCUGGCUGCCUACUGCCCCUACCUGAUCUGUAGCCACUUCAAACGGAUGUACACUAGAACAAGCAGCUUGGAGCAGAUCCUCCACAACAACAUUAUUGUGGUGCAAGCCUUAACUACACUUUGUCUCAACAUAGAUAUACAUCCCACAGACUUGUCGGAUCCUAACCCGGUGCAGAUGUUAAUGUUGUGUGUUCACCUCUUCGAGAGGCUUCCUCAGUACCUGCCACUUGAAACCAUUACUCUAUCAGGAGAACUGCACAGCACCUUUAGCAAGCAGGUGUGUCUGAGAAGCCCGACCUCUAAGCCAAUCAAAUAUCACGCCUUCUUUUUAGGAGAGCACACCCAUCUGUUCACCCUGCCCAAUGGAUGCACAGUCACUAUUCCUGCAAAGACAAGCACUGAACUGACAGUCCAGUAUAGAUGCUCCUUCCUGCAGUCCUCAGAGGCUACCCUCCUGCUCGUCUCCGACUCAGCUUUUGUCACCACGCUGGCCUUUAAUCUGAAGACUCAAGUUAGCCACAUCAGACCUAAAACUGUCAAGUGCAGUUCUCCAUGCUACAAACUGAAGGAAAUCCAACUACCAGUCACUAAUCCAUUCACAAAGGAAGGCAAAUUCAGGGUGGUGCUAAUGGAUUCUGUGUCCAACCCACUGAAGCCGGAGAAGAGAAAAGACCUAAUUCAACAGGCUGCCUCCAAAACCAAAAGUCCCUCAGUGGAGACAAUGACAGACAGGAGCUGUGAGGAAGAGACCGGAGGAAAGUGCUCAGAUCACAGUGGAGAGGACAGUGAUUUCUCAUGUGCAGUGAGGAGUAUUUUUCUGAAAUCAGGUCACACAAAUACUCUGAAGCUCCACUACCUGCCCUUCUGCCCAGGGAUCAAAUACUGCUCUGUGCUGCUAGUUUGUCCACAGGUGGGAGACAUGGUAUAUAUGGUCAAGGCCACAGCAGAGUUGCCUCUUCCUUUUCCACUCACUGCCAAACCCAGUUGUAACAUAGACCAGAGUCUCAUCAGCUCAGAUGUGUGUGUAUCAACAAUAAGCCUUAACUGCAAAGUGGGACAAGUGUGUGAGGAAGUGAUCUGUGUGCCAGUAAUUAAUAUGGCCUGGGAGCAAGCUCUGGCCAUCUGGGGUCAAUACAGCAUGAGCGCCGAAGAGCAUCGAAGGCGGUUGCUGACGCACUCUUUGCAUAGCAGCAGUGUGAGAGCAAUCACAGCAGCACGGAAACUUAGCAAACAACAGACCCAUCUGAUGAAACAUGAUGACAACAGUAAAGGAAUAGAGUACAGUGUGGAGGUGUCUCUGCCACAGUACUUCACUUUACCUAAUAUAGUCACUAUACCCAUUAAAGAAACCAUCAAAGUACCGUGGAAGAAUCCUUCAGACUGUGGCUGUGUGGAAAUCCCAAUACAUUUUCAGGCACACUCAGUGGGACACUUCACAUGUCGAGUAGUUCUGAGGUCUUGGUGUGAUACCAGAGUCUACAUGUUGGAGGCCAAUGUUACCUCUGAGCGAGUACCUGUGCAGUUAGACUUCAGCUCACCUGCUCACCGCUCAGUCAAGCAAGACAUACUACUGAACAACAAGACCGACCAGGACUGGAAAAUGCAAGCUGAAUUAUGGGGUGAAGGUUUCUCCGGACCAAAGGUUUUCCAUGUGGCUGCAGGGACAAAAGCCUGUUACCCUCUAACCUUUCACCCUGCUACACAGUGCAUUGUCAAGGGCAAGUUGUCUUUACAUAAUGACUGUGACGGAACUGAGCACGUGUUUACCCUUAGAGGAGUGGGAGAGCGGCCCCUGCCUGUGGACCAUAUCGUAUUACACUGCCCUGCUGGGCAGACAAAACACACACAGCUGGAUGUUCCCAACUACAGCCAGAACAAGCUCACUCUGAAGUUAAAGACAGACCUUUCCAUUGUGAGUGGUCAUCCAUAUCUGGAGAUCAAACCGGGUCACAGCACUCCUUACAUACUGACCGUAUCACCAUGGAAACGAGGGACACAGACAGGAUUUCUGUCAUUUGUAGAAACUGAUGAUGACAAAGGAGCUGCUGGGAGCUAUGAAGUGUAUUUCUCUCUGGAGGUCAUUUGUAAGCCAGCAGAGCCCUUAAAGGUCAUAAAUGUAACAUGUGUUGUUCAGAGUGAAGUUGCCAUAGAGAUCCCCAUCAAUAACACACAUGAAGAGCCACUGAAUUUGGAUGUUUCCCUGGACGGUGAUGAUCUAAGUGGGCCCAAGUGGAUUUCAGUUCCCCCUCGGGGGGCUCUUACCUAUAAGGCCAUGUUUUCUCCUGACAAAAUAGGAAAGAGCGAGAGCAGUGUGGUGUUCCAGUCAGAAAUGGUGGGGGAGUUCUGCUAUCAGCUGGAGCUUUAUGCCCUUCCUUGUGCAGUAACUAUGCUUCCUCAGGUCGGCUGUCAACUGGGCAAAUGGACCAGAAUAACCCUUCCCCUGGUGAACCCAACUGCAGAAACUCUGGAGCUAAUUGUAGCCAACAGUAACCCCAGAAACUACUCACUGGAGAUGGAUUCAGGAAACACCCUUAUUCUUGAGCCACACUCUUCCAGUCAGCUUGGUGUCUGUUUUAGCCCUUCAUCCAUUGGGGAGGGGAGCCACGCAGCAAAAAUCACUUUCUCAUGCCCUCAGUUGCAAGAAUGGUGUUUCGAAUUGAGUGGGCGUGGCCUUAAUCCAAAGGUUGAGGAGCUCGUGAGCAUCUCAUCCAUGAUUGGCUCUAGAGCCUCCAUCAACAUUCCUUUCACAAACCCCAUGGAGCUACAGGCUGUGCUCGAUCUCACACUCACAGAUGAGGACCCAAAAGGGGCGUUACCAUCUACUACAGACAAGACGGUCUUCGUUGUCCCUCUGAGUCAGACUAAAGGUAUACAGAUCAAUGCAGGAGCCAGUUUUAAUGUUCCUGUUGUGUUUGCCCCGACUUCUGUGGAAAUACAGCGAGUCUGGCUCUGCAUCACUAUGAGGUCCCUUAGCAACGACUGCACCUGCAGUGCAAGCAGCAUAAGGUCAGAUCAGGAUUUGUCCACCAUUUGUUGGAUUUACCCCCUCUGUGGGAUUCCCUUGGAAGUGUCUGCAGAGAACCCAUCACUCGGAGUAGUCCAGUGUGAAGCUGGCUGCCAGUUAGAAAAGAAGUUUGAUGUACAGCUCAGUGGAUGUGUGCUGGGAAGUCAAGACCGGAAAAGCCAGGAAGUUUCCCAGGUGAUGAAGGAAGACUUCCUGUGCAAGGUGCAGUCAGUCUGUGAAGAGGAGCAUUUGGACGUGGAAGACUGUGUUUCUGCCUACAUCGAAGCUGCAAGCAGAGACCCAGAGUCUGGCAACAUAGUGCUCACCCUUCAGCUAGUCUACAGCCCUGUCAGGCUAUGCAGGUACUCAGCAGUUGUAGUGGUGCAGAGCAUGUCCGGGGGGAUCUGGGAGUUUCCAAUCACACUGACUGCAACAGAACCAGUGUUUGAUGAUGUUAUCGUCAUUGAUGCCAAUGAGUUGGACGAGACAUCAGCUGUGGGGUUCCGUUUCACUAGCAUCACCAGGAGACCAGAGCCGUUCAUAGCGACAUUCCUGCCAGGUAGCAGCAGUGAGUUCACUGUGACUCCAGCCUCAGGAAUGCUUCCUCCUGUUGGUUCAGCAGGAGCGCUCAUCACUGUGUCCUUCACACCCACCUCAUAUGGCAACAGACACAGAGCGAGGCUUAUCAUCAAGGCAGCAGACAUGCAGUGGAUCUACGAGGUGAGAGGUAAAACCCCUCGAAAGCUCCCACCACUCUGUCCCACAUCCUCCUCAGUCAUCCAGCCAGCCAGUAAACAGCAGGUGAACUUUGUGGUCCACAACCGUCGGCUUCCUGCUCUGGCAAACUCAUCCCCUCUGAAAGCCCACAGAUAAACACCUUCAUCCCUUCUCAUACAACUAAGGUUCUUUGCUUUUUGUAUGUUUUUCACAAUGUCACCUUCAAUUAAAGUGAUUCCUUUAUAACUUUCAGGCAUUUUGAGGCACAUUGCCACACUAAUUGUAUUGGUUCCACCACUUGUUUAUUUUUCUUUGAAAUGGGUCAUUAGUCUUGUUAGCAUGUCUCAUCAGUAUUUCUAAUGAGCUAUGCAUCUGCCAAUGCAAACAUGUUUUUUCCGACACAGUGACAUAUGACGGAAAUUUAGCUGGAUGAGACUGAAGAUUGGAUUCUUUGUAAUUUAUAAUUUAUGAUUCUUAACUGAAAGAGACAUGAUACAUGUUUUAACAGACUAUAUACAUACAGAUAGUUGGUGCUGCAUAUGCUAUAUUCUGAGGACACAAAAAACAAGGAAUUUCUUGAUAAAAUCACUUCUGAAGUUCAUUUGUUCCUCUUUGUGUCCUUCCCUUUCUUUAUGGUUGGCAUAGACAUAAUAAGGAUAAUUGAUUAGGGAUAAAGGCAUUUUCUGGAUUGAACUCAUCACUGUUCCUCAAGAAAAGAGCCUUUGUCCCUGAAGUUUUACCCAUUCAGCAUGUAUCAGAUCUAUGACCAGCAAUAAAUGCUAGUAAUGGUUGUAAUGUCCCUAUUAUGCCUCAGAGUCCACUUCAAGUAAAAUGUUACCAGCCUUGCUUUAUUCCCGCCUUCCCUUAUGAUCUGCUGUUAGAUAGUAAAGACUCGGUCUAUAAAUUAAAGCCACCUCAGACUGCCGAUUCGGGGAUAUUCCAACUACAGACUAUACUUCACUAACUAGGACAACCUUGAAAUAUGCAUUUUACUUUCACAAAAUCUCUGUAUCUUUCAAUUAAUAAAUCAAAUCAUAUGAACCCUAAAAGGCUGUAGCUUUUGCUGUGUGUGCUCAUGCUCAUUCAAAGUGGAAAUGUAAGAUUUUCUCAGUAUUUAAUAUUGUAAGCAGCAUAAUAUGAACAACAUCUGUGCAAUAACACUAGUCGAUUUAUUAUUGAUGAUAUGACUUGUGCUAACAAAUCGUAAAGUGUGUUUAUUAGCUACAUAGAUUGUUGCUUGAACAAAAAACCCAAAAUAUUCAAUAGCUUAAAUGUCCACAGAAUAAUACUACAGCUGCAUGACUACU